GCAUCAGCAAUCUAUCCGCGAGCGGCGGGUGGUCGGCGCGGCGUGUUCGGCGACGGCUCUGGGUGCUCGGGCUCCUGCAGAGAGCAGACUGACGGACGGACGCACGCACGCACGCACGCACGCGCGGGGUGGAGAGGCGGUGGCAGCGGGUCUCCAGGGGGCGGCGUCGGGCUCCCGGAGCUGCAGCAGCACGAGGAGUACGAUGGCGGAGUCCUCGGACAAGCUCUACCGGGUCGAGUAUGCGAAGAGCGGGCGCGCCUCCUGCAAGAAAUGCAGCGAGAGCAUCCCCAAGGACUCGCUCCGUAUGGCCAUCAUGGUGCAGUCACCCAUGUUUGAUGGCAAAGUCCCACACUGGUACCACUUCUCCUGCUUCUGGAAGGUUGGCCACUCCAUCUGGCAUCCUGAGGUCGAGGUGGAUGGGUUCUCUGAGCUCCGAUGGGAUGACCAGCAGAAAGUGAAGAAGACUGCAGAGGCUGGAGGGGUGACAGGCAAAGGCCAAGAUGGAGUUGGCAGCAAGACAGAGAAGACGCUGGGUGACUUUGCAGCAGAGUAUGCCAAGUCCAACAGGAGCACUUGCAAAGGCUGUAUGGAGAAGAUAGAAAAGGGCCAGGUGCGCCUGUCCAAGAAGAUGCUGGACCCGGAGAAGCCCCAGCUGGGCAUGAUCGACCGCUGGUACCACCCGAACUGCUUUGUUCAGAAAAGGGAGGAGCUGGGCUUCCGGCCCGAGUACAGUGCAAGCCAGCUCAAGGGCUUCAGCCUGCUCUCAGCCGAGGAUAAGGAGGACCUGAAGGAGCGGCUUCCGGGAGUCAAGCACGAAGGAAAGAGGAAAGGCGAUGAGGUGGAUGGAAUGGACCAAGUGGUCAAGAAGAAAUCUAAAAAAGAAAAGGACAAGGAUAGUAAGCUGGAAAAGGCCCUCAAGGCCCAGAAUGACCUGAUCUGGAACAUCAAGGACAAGCUAAAGAAAGUGUGUUCGAUGAACGACCUGAAAGAGCUGCUCAUCUCCAAUCGGCAGCAGGUGCCCUCUGGGGAGUCGGCGAUCUUGGACCGUGUAGCUGAUGGCAUAGUGUUCGGUGCCCUCCAGCCUUGUGAGGAAUGCUCUGGCCAGCUGGUCUUCAAGAGUGAUGCUUAUUACUGUACUGGGGACGUCACUGCCUGGACCAAGUGUAUGGUCAAGACACAGACCCCCAACCGGAAGGAGUGGGUGACCCCAAAGGAAUUCCGAGAAAUCUCUUACCUCAAGAAAUUGAAGGUCAAAAAGCAGGAGCGUAUAUUCCCCCCCGAGACCAGCACCCCAGCGGCGGCAGCACCGCCGCCCUCCACAGCCUCUGUGCCCGCUGCUGUGAACUCCUCUGCCCCACCAGAUAAGCCACUGUCCAACAUGAAGAUCCUGACUCUUGGGAAGCUCUCCCGGAACAAGGACGAAGUAAAGGCCACGAUCGAGAAACUCGGGGGGAAGUUGACAGGGACGGUCACCAAGGCCUCUCUGUGCAUCAGUACCAGAAAGGAGUUAGAAAAGAUGAACAAAAAGAUGGAAGAAGUAAAAGAAAGCAACAUUCGAGUUGUGUCUGAGGAUUUCAUCCAGGAUGUCACCGACUCAACCAAGAGCCUUCAGGAAUUGCUUUCAGCCCAUAUCUUGUCCCCUUGGGGUGCCGAGGUGAAGGCAGAGCCUGUGGAAGUUGUGGCCCCAAAAGGAAAGUCGGGGGCUGUGGUCUCCAAGAAGAGCAAGGGCCCAGUCAAGGAGGAAGGAAUCAACAAAUCUGAAAAGAGAAUGAAGUUAACUCUCAAAGGAGGAGCUGCGGUUGAUCCCGACUGUGGUCUGGAACACUCUGCACACGUCCUGGAAAAAGGCGGGAAGGUCUUCAGCGCCACCCUCGGCCUGGUGGACAUCGUUAAAGGAACCAACUCUUACUACAAGCUGCAGCUCCUGGAGGAUGACAAAGAAAGCAGGUAUUGGAUAUUCAGGUCCUGGGGGCGCGUGGGCACCGUGAUUGGUGGUAACAAACUGGAGCAGAUGCCGUCCAAGGAGGAUGCCAUUGAGCACUUUAUGAAGUUAUAUGAAGAGAAAACUGGGAACGCCUGGCACUCCGAAAACUUCACAAAGUAUCCCAAGAAGUUCUACCCUCUGGAGAUUGACUACGGCCAGGAUGAAGAGGCGGUCAAGAAGCUGACGGUAAACCCUGGCACCAAGUCCAGGCUCCCCAAGCCGGUGCAGAACCUCAUCAAGAUGAUCUUUGAUGUGGAAAGCAUGAAGAAAGCCAUGGUGGAGUAUGAGAUUGACCUCCAGAAGAUGCCCUUGGGGAAGCUGAGCAAAAGGCAGAUCCAGGCCGCGUACUCCAUCCUCAGUGAGGUCCAGCAGGCGGUGUCUCAGGGCAGCAGUGAGUCCCAGAUCCUGGAUCUCUCAAAUCGCUUCUACACCCUGAUCCCCCACGACUUUGGGAUGAAGAAGCCUCCGCUCCUGAACAACACGGACAGUGUGCAGGCCAAGGUGGAGAUGCUGGACAACCUGCUGGACAUCGAGGUGGCCUACAGUCUGCUCAGGGGUGGGUCUGAUGACAGCACCAAGGACCCCAUUGAUGUCAACUAUGAGAAGCUCAGAACUGACAUCAAGGUGGUGGACAGAGAUUCCGAGGAAGCUGAGAUCAUCAGGAAAUAUGUUAAGAAUACUCAUGCGUCUACACACAAUGCAUAUGACUUGAAAGUCAUCGAGAUCUUUAAGAUAGAGCGUGAAGGGGAGAGCCAGCGCUACAAGCCGUUCAAGCAGCUGCAUAACCGAAGGUUGCUGUGGCAUGGCUCCAGGACCACCAACUUUGCUGGAAUCCUGUCCCAGGGUCUCCGGAUUGCCCCACCUGAAGCACCUGUGACAGGCUACAUGUUUGGUAAAGGGAUCUAUUUCGCUGACAUGGUUUCCAAGAGUGCCAACUACUGCCACACAUCUCAGGGAGACCCAAUAGGCUUAAUCCUGUUGGGAGAAGUUGCCCUCGGGAACAUGUAUGAACUGAAGCACGCCUCACACAUCAGCAAGUUACCCAAGGGCAAGCACAGUGUCAAAGGUUUGGGCAAAACCACCCCUGACCCUUCAGCUAGUGUUACUCUGGAUGGUGUAGAGGUUCCUCUCGGGACUGGGAUUUCUUCUGGUAUAAACGACACUUGUCUGCUGUAUAACGAGUACAUUGUCUACGAUACUGCUCAGGUAAAUCUGAAGUAUCUGCUGAAGCUGAAAUUCAACUUCAAGACGUCCCUGUGGUGAACUGAGGCAUGGCUGAGGCGUGGUCCAGUGACUGGUAUGAAUCUGCCUGGUGUGCUUUUCACUGACUGACCAGGCAGAGAGACCUCAGCUGGGUUGCCGAGGGAUAGUACCUUCACUGACUCUCUAGAAAGAUUUGAACACUUAGUCACACGUUAAACAAGUUUUCCCAACUUUUCAAAUCCUGUUUUUAUUGAUUUGGGGGUGGGGGUUAUUCCGGGAUUUUUUUUUCCUGCCAGCCCUAACCCUGGUAGGUAUUAUACAACUGACAGUAGAAGAAAUGUUGGGAAGAGAUUGGUUUGUUUUUGUUUUGUUUUGUUUAGACUAGUCCUAUGAAAAGAACCAAGCCAUGUUAGAACUUCUGCCUUACUGGUUUCCCCAGGGAAGGAAAAAAUAAUCUUCUACCCUUAUUUCUAAGUGUUCAUCUUUAGUGUUGGUUUUGGAAAAAUGUUAAGCAUUUAUUUUAAGGUGAAAAUAAAGACUAAUUUCAUACUAUUUA